UUGUCCAUCAUAUCCCGUGAGUGCUUUAUUUACAUCGAGUUUUGUUGUCGAAAAAUAUAUUUCUUGUCGCCGAUUUCGUUGUUGCUUUGCCGUUUUUAUUGUGUCAUAUCAUUGCAAAUCAUCGGCGCGUUAUACAACAGUCGCUAAUACGCUUUUAAACGGAUUGUUAAAGUGUCUUCCAACUGUGCUUAUCGGCUAUAAACAUUGCCUCAGAUCACGUCAAUCUUGAACAACACGAUUGUUUUUCUGGCUGAUUUAAUGAUCUUGUGUUAUGGCAUGAAUUUACCCCUCAACAAUUUUAACUUUAAUUUUAGUUGAAUUGACAAUUUAUCAGACAAGUCAUAACAUGCAAGAAUUAAGGUGAAAAAGUGCUUUCAAAUGACAUCUUUAAACUACAUUUUUCGACUAUUUUUAAAAUGGCAAUUUUCACUAUCUGGUUAUAUUUAGUCACAUACUGCAUAAUUAUGUGAAUUUGGACCUGGACAGAAAUCUGCCAAUCAAUACUCAUUUUGAGUAAAAACUUUAAUAAGAUAUAUUAUGUAAAGUAGUGCUAGGACUUUGUGCAAUUUUUCUUAUCAUGUAAUUUUUUGUUACUAGUAAUUUUUAUACUAGGUUUUCUAUUUAUAUAACUAAUAAAAAUCAUGUCGGACUUAUUGGUGGAUAGCCCACCAAACAAGAGGCCCAAGCUGGAAGAUCCAUUCCAAGGGUCCUCAGACUCUUCUGGUGUUUAUUCCAGUAAUGAGAUGUUUGAUCUCGAGAAUGAUCUCCCCGAUGAAUUAAUAAGCACGACAUCUUGGAAUCAACAACCUGAUAUGAAACAAAAUCUCCAACCCCAAAUGCCAUUACAAAACGGUAUGCUUGUCCCACAAAAUAAUCCCCAACAACAAUUACAGCAAUCUAAUAUCCAACAACGGUUAGUUGUUAGUCAGCAACAACUAGCUCAUCACUUUAUGGGUAACAAACAACAUAUUGUAUCAGCAGCUGGAAUGUCAAUGAACAAACCAUUAAACCCAAAUAUACCUUCUCCAAAUGUGUUAGUUGGAAAAUCAGGAGAGCCUAUGGUUGUAAAUAUGGGAAAUGCAAAUAUGAACUCCAAUCAACUUCAAAACAGUAUUAGUGGAAUGUCAAAUGUAAAUAUUAUGAUGGGGAAUAAUAUAGUUAAUAAUUCUAUGCACAAUCCUCAUCAUGGAAUUUCUCAGCAACAAAAUGGACCUAUGAUGGGAAGAAGUAUUCCCAUGCACCAUCAGCAACAAAUUCGAAGUCAGACUCCACAUCAAUUACAUAACCUUUCAAUGAAUACUCAGCAAAGGAUACAGGCCCCAAUUGGUGCCAUGAGUCCUGUCAAUAACUUCAAUACAUACAAUCAGAACAAUCAACAAAUAAAUGUUGUUCAACAACAGCCAAUUGGUAUUGUACGGUCUCAAGUACCUCGUUUUAAUACCAAUACAAAUGGUAUGUUAGUUGAUAAUCCUACUCCUCCUCAACCUCAAGUAAAUGUACGCUUAGGACAGCAAUUAAAUAUGGCUAACCAAAAUGUAGUUGUACCACCACAAGCUGGAGGACCUGCAGAUAGAAGUCAAGCAAAUCCAGAAAAACGAAAAAUGAUAACUCAACAACUUGUCUUGUUAUUACAUGCACAUCAGUGUCAGAGGCGAGAUAAUCAAGCCAAUGGUGAAGUGAGACAAUGUCGUUUACAACAUUGUAAUACCAUGAAAGGUGUUUUAGCACAUAUGACUUCAUGUUCAGCUGGGCGUAAUUGUAAUGUUGCUCAUUGUUCAUCAUCUAGACAAAUUAUUUCACAUUGGAAACAGUGUACUAGACUAGACUGUCCAAUUUGUCAGCCUUUAAAAGCAUCAAAUAAUCGUAACCCAUUAGCAAAUAAUACAUCUCAAAAUGCUAGUGGGAUGAAUGACAUGAAUUGUUACAAUGCUCAGGUUAAUAAUCAAGUGAAUCAAGUACCUAGUGGAGUUGCAACCAAUGUUGGCAUAAGAGCUGCCAUGCAAUCCCAAAUGCCCCAUCCACCUAAUAACACUGUACUUCCUCCCAAUCAAAACAUUAGAGUGAUGACACCACAUUCUCAACCACCUCCUGCAACAAUGAAUACAGACCCAAGUACCAAUUCAGUUAAUGACAUUUUGCAGUCUGUUUCUAAUACAACUGUGCCGAUACCAUCAAGCAUUCAACAAACUGUGACUAAUAUACCUAAUUCUUUUAUAAUGACAACUAGUACAGAUACUAUGACUACUCAAAUGAACAAUCAAGCACAGCCUAGUCAGUCUUUACCCGGGGGUAAUCAUAUUGAAACUAAAGAAUGGCAUGAAUCAAUUACUCCAGAACUUCGAAAUCAUUUAGUACAUAAACUUGUGCAAGCAAUUUUUCCUACAUAUGAUCCUAAAGCAAUGUUAGAUAAGCGUAUGAACAAUUUAGUUGCUUAUGCUAGAAAAGUAGAAGGUGAUAUGUACAAUGUAGCUAAUUCAAGAUCAGAAUAUUAUCAUCGAUUAGCCCAAACAUUUUAUAAAAUUCAAAAAGAAUUGGAAGAAAAAAUGCAAAAACGAAAAGAACAACAGCAAAUGCAGCAACAACAAAUGGGUUCUCAGCAGCAGCAAACAACCAAUAUAAAUACACAGUGUUUCCCUACAGCUACUGCCCAAGGAAUGCCCACACAACAACCAACAGCACAACAGUCACAACAACAAUCUCAGCAAACAACAUUGCAUCAUACAUCUAUUCAAUCAAGUCAACCUAAUUUGCCUCAACAACAAGGAGUGCCUACUACAGGUGGAUUAAUGAAAACACAAAUGACAGAUCGUGUUCAUUUUCCCAUAACAUCGCCUGUUCCUGGACCAAGUCCUAAUACUAACUUACCACAAACCACAUUUGGUUUGACUCAACCACCUGCCCAAAGUCCAAUCAAUACUAGUCAAUUCCCAACUAAUACACAAAUGAUGCCAAACAUAUCUCAAGCAUCAUUUGUUCAACCUCAAUUUUCAAAUCAGUCGAUUGCCCAGAUGCCACAACAAAUACAUUUACAACAACAACAACCAUCACAACAGCAACAUAUUAAUAAUCAGAUGAUACAAUCAAAUAGAAUGAAUCAAAUGAAUAUGGAAAAAAUAGUUAAUGGACCUAGUGUUUUACCUAAUAAUACAAUGGCUCCUAUCUCAAAUGUACCAUCAAUGUUGCCCAACAGUAUGGGUAAGGGGUAUUCUCGAUCUGAAUCUUCAUCUUCAAUUAGUCAUUCAAGUCAAAUGAAUGCUAUUGCUUCAGCACUAGCUCAAGAUGAUUCUCCCAAAGAUGUGAAAGGAGAAAUUAAAGAUGAAUAUGAUGACAGUAAUGAUGGAAAAGGAGCUUAUGGAAAAGGAAAAAUGAAUACAGAAACUAAUUCUGAAACUAUUAAAUCUGAAAUUAAACAAGAACAUAGUGAUGAUACGACUACUUCUGUAAAAAUGGAAGUCAAAGUCAAAGAAGAAGUAGCAAGUCCAAAAUCAAAUAUUACUACUGAUAUUAAGCCAUUUGAACCUACCACUGAUAGUAAAAGUGCUAUUAAAAAAUGUGUAUUUAGACCAGAUGAACUUAGACAAGCCUUAAUGCCUACUCUAGAAAAAUUAUACAAGCAAGAACCUGAAGCUGAGCCAUUCAAACAACCUGUCGACCCUCAAGCUUUAAAUAUACCUGAUUACUUCCUUAUAAUUAAAAAACCAAUGGAUUUAUCUACCAUUAGAGAGAAACUUAAUACAGGUCAAUAUUCUGAUCCUUGGAGUUAUGUAGACGAUGUUUGGCUAAUGUUUGAAAAUGCUUGGCAUUAUAAUAAAAAAUCGACAAAAGUGUAUAAGUCUUGUACAAAAUUAUCAGAAGUUUUUGAACAGGAAAUUUAUCCUGUAAUGCGUAGUCUUGGUUACUGUUGUGGCCGAAAGUUCACAUUUAAUCCACAAGUUCUUUGUUGUUUUGGUAAACAACUUUGUACAAUACCAAGAGAUGCGAAGUACUUUAGUUAUGAAAAUAGAUACAUUUAUUGUGUUAAAUGUUUUAAUGACAUACCUGGUGAUGCUGUUACAAUGGGUGAAGAUCCUACACAAGCACAGCAAGUUAUCAAAAAAGAACAAUUUGUUGAAAUGAAAAAUGAUCACCUAGAAUUGGAACCAUUUAUCAUGUGUAUUCAUUGUGGAAGAAAAUUACAUCAAAUAUGUGUUCUUCAUAAUGAAAACAUUAAUCCACAAGGUUAUGCUUGUGAUAAAUGUUUAGCAAAAAGAAAUGAAAAGCGAAAAGAAAAUAAAUUUAAUGCAAAAAAAUUGGCUGUAACAAAAUUGGGUACUUAUAUUGAAACAAGGGUAAAUAAUUUUUUGAAGAAAAAAGAAGCAGGUGCUGGUGAAGUUGCUAUUCGUGUUGUUUCUAGUUCAGACAAAAUAGUUGAAGUAAAACCUGGAAUGCGAAGCCGUUUUGUUGAAAGUGGUGAUAUGGUUGGUGAAUUUCCGUAUAGAGCAAAAGCAUUAUAUGCAUUUGAAGAAAUUGAUGGUACUGAUGUUUGCUUUUUUGGUAUGCAUGUACAAGAGUAUGGAUCAGAAGCUCCUGGACCCAACACAAGAAGAGUUUAUAUUGCAUAUUUAGAUUCAGUUAAUUUUUUUAGGCCUAAACAAUAUAGAACAUAUGUAUAUCAUGAAAUAUUACUUGGCUAUCUUGAUUAUGUUAAACAGCUAGGUUAUACAAUGGCACAUAUUUGGGCUUGCCCUCCGUCUGAAGGAGAUGACUAUAUAUUCCAUUGUCAUCCACCAGAACAAAAAAUUCCUAAGCCAAAACGGUUACAAGAGUGGUAUAAAAAAAUGUUGGACAAAGGCAUUAUUGAACGUAUUAUUCUAGACUAUAAAGAUAUAUUAAAACAAGCUAUUGAGGAUAAACUAAGUUCUGCCGCAGAAUUGCCAUAUUUUGAAGGUGAUUUUUGGCCAAAUGCUUUAGAAGAUAGUAUAAAAGAGCUUGACCAAGAAGAAGAACAAAAAAGAAAGUUAGCUGAAGCUGAAGAAUCAGUUGAAAUGUGUGUAAGUGAUGAAGUUGAAAUAGGUCCAGAUGGCAAGAAAAAAGGACUUCAGAAAGCCAAAAAGUCAAAUAAAUCAAAAUCCAGUCAAAGAAAAAGCAGUUCAAAGAAAACCAUGUUACCUCAAACAAGUAGUGACUUAUCUGCUAAAAUUUUUGAUAACAUGGACAAACAUAAAGAAGUGUUUUUUGUCAUAAGAUUACAUAGUGUUCAGUCUGCAGCUGCUUUGGGACCUAUUCAAGACCCUGAUCCUUUAAUUAGUUGCGAUUUAAUGGAUGGUAGAGAUGCAUUUUUGACCAUGGCUAGAGAAAAACAUUAUGAGUUUUCAUCACUUCGUAGAGCUAAAUUUUCUUCAAUGGCAAUGUUGUAUGAAUUACAUAACCAAGGCCAAGAUAAAUUUGUUUAUACUUGUAAUAGUUGUAAAUCACAUGUUGAAACUAGAUAUCACUGUACAGUUUGUGAUGACUUUGAUUUAUGUAUUACCUGCUAUGACAAAGAAAAACAUCCUCAUCCUAUGGAGAAACUUGGUCUUGACUUAGAUGAUGGUUCUUCUCCUGGUGACCAAAAACAAGCUGAUCCUCAAGAGGCUAGAAAAUUGUCUAUUCGUCGAUGUAUAUUGUCACUUGUACAUGCCUGUCAGUGUAGGGAUGCAAAUUGUCGCUUGGCAAGCUGUCAGCGUAUGAAAAGGGUAGUACAACAUGUAAAAUUAUGUAAAGUAAAGUCGAAUGGUAAUUGUCCUAUUUGCAAACAAUAUAUUGCAUUAUGUUUCCAUCAUGCUAAGUAUUGUACAGAAGCCAAGUGUCCUGUGUUAUUCUGUCCAAACAUGAAACAUAAAAUCAAACAGCAACAGUUACAACAAAGAUUACAACAAGCUCAACUUCUAAGAAGAAGAAUGGCUAUUAUGAACACUGGAACUCUAGGCACAGAUAAUACUAGUAGUCCUUCUGUUGCAACCUCGCAUAUGACAAAUCAACCAAAAAUGAUACCUCAUAAAGGUCCUGGUAUGCCACCAGGAAAACAAACUCCCCCUGCUAAUGUUUUACAAGUAGUAAAACAGGUACAAGAAGAAGCUGCACGUCAACACGACAACGUAGGUUAUGGAAAAGGAGGUCCUCAACCACAAAUGCAAAGACCACACAUGCAGAUUGCACCACAAACUCCACAACAAGUCAACCAAUGGGUCAGUGAACCUAAUUACAAUCAAAUGAUGCUGCAGCAACAACAGCAGCAACAACAACAACAGCAACAACAAAGACCAAUGAACAUGCAGCCUCAACAACAAAUGAUCCUUAAUAAUCAACAAAAUACUAUGAUUCAACAGCAACAAGUUAUGGCUCCUAGGCCUCAAGGUUAUCAACAAAACCUUAAUCAGGUAUCUAAUCAGCAGUCUCUACAACAAUUAUUAAAUGCACUGCGUACUAACAACGAGAGUCAACCUGAACAACAGCAACGGUUGCGAGAAAUACUUAGAAACAACCCUCAAUUGUUGGCUCAAUUUAUUCGUAAUCAAAGGCAAAGAGCCAUGUUUCAACAACAACAGCAACAGCAAGGUGGUGGUAGUGGUGGUAGUGGUAAUAUAGCUCCUCCAAUGUAUCCUCAACAAAUGCAAGGACAGCAGCAACCAGGUGGACCUCAGGGACCUAAUCAACCACAAUCAAACAUGUCUAAUCGAAUGCACUUAUAAAGUAUAUAAAAAAAAAAAAAGAGCUUAUCGAGAAUUUUUAAAAGGCGUUGUUUCUAUAUAUGUACAUUUAUGAAUGUAAAUAUGGUAGCUUAAAGUACAAAAUAAUAAUUUUGUAUACUUAUUUAAUCGGCCGUGUUGACUUAUAACUCAUGUACAUUUGUUUUGCUAUUUGUUGUUGUUAUGUAGUUAGAAAAAAUGUAAGGAUAUUUUUCUUUAUAUUUUAACAUAUUAUAAGUAAACAUUUAUAAAUUUCCUACUUUAGUAAAAUAAUAUUUGUUGAUUUUUCCUUCUGUACAGGAAUAAUGGUAAUAUUAUAA